CGGGGCUGGACGCUCUGCGAGAUCAAACCUCAACCCUCCCUCCAGGCCGCCUACUCUCCCUCCCUCUUAUCCGACGAGAUAUGUACAGAUAACCAAAAAUCAACCACCUACCAUGCCAACACAUCGCGGCUCAAUCCUGACGGCAGGACUCGGUCGCUUCGCCGCCACAGACGCAAAUGCUCAAGCCCACUUCGGCCCCGGUGCAGGGGAAAGGGCACGAGAGCUUCUGGCCACGAGCGUCGAGAAGGCCAAAAACGCCGGCUUUGACGUUGUCACCAUUGAUAUCAACCCAAACGAGCCGGGGGAAUCGCUUGAUCGCUUUCUGUCUACGUUGCGGAGUGGGGAUUUCGUGGGCGUGAAUAUUGGGUAUGGUGUUAGGGGGCAUAAGGAACAUACGGAGCUAUUUGAGAAGCUUCUGAACCAUGCGUGGGCGUGCAAGCCGGGAAUCAAGAUCAUGUUCAGCAAUGGGCCAGAUGAGGUUAUUACGGCAAUAAAGCGUAGCUUUCCAGAGGCUUUUGCAGAGUCGAAUUGACGACGAUUUUGACGAAGCUAUAGACGAGGCUCAGAGGACUCAGCGUCGAAGUGUCCACAGGUCUGGAUACAAUCACCGUCACACAAUUAGCU